AUGGAGGCUCCAGGCAAGGUGCACAUGAGGCUAGACCCAGCAAGUACCACACACCCCGAGGAGUCAUCAGUAGAGAAGAAAGUGGAGAAGCAGCCGACGAAGGUUCAGCCAUCACCAGUGAUUGAUUAUUCUCGCCUUCCGUUUCCCGCCCUCGCUAAGCAGCAGAAGUAUGCUCAGGAAUACGGGAAAUUCCUUGAGAUGUUCACGCAGUUGAAAAUCAAUCUUCCGUUUAUCGAGGCGCUUCAAUCUAUGCCUAAGUAUGCUAAAUUUCUCAAAGAUCUUUUGAAGCGCAAGGAGAGGAUUGGUGAGCUUUCGAAUAUUCCAUUGACAGGAGGUUGUUCCGCGGUAGUCUUGAAUAAGCUGCCAGAGAAAUUAACCGAUCCUGGUACUUUCACGAUUCCAUGUUUCUUUGGGGGAGCCGUUACCCCCGCUCACGCUCUAGCCGAUUUAGGGGCCGGCAUCAAUAUGAUGCCGUUUUUGUUGUACGAGAGGCUUGGUUUAGGAGGGUUGACGCCCACGCGUAUGUCGUUGUCCUUGGCUGACCGAUCAGUCAAGUAUCCUCGUGGGAUAGUGGAGAAUUUGUUGGUCAAGGUUGAUAAGUUCGUAUUUCCGGUAGAUUUCGUUGUGCUUGAUAUGGAGGCUGAUGAGAGAGUUCCUAUUAUUCUGGGCCGUCCAUUCCUUAGAACCACCAAGGCGAUUAUCGACGUCUUUGACGGUAAGAUUUCUCUUCGAGCGGGUGACGAGAUUGUCACAUUCGAGAUUGACAUAGCGAUGCAGCAUCCAGGAGGUCGAGAUGAUGAUAGCGGGCCGUGUCAUUCUGAUUUAGUAGGCGAGGGAGUUGUUGACGAGCAUGAUGAAGAGAAGGUUGAAGAAGUUGAGGAGGAGCAGUUAGAUAAGGAUGAUGAGUUGUGUGUUCCUGAGCCGUUGGAGCUCGACGCGAUUAGUGAUGAGAGUACUCCUGUAGGGAUUCCACCGCCUUUAGAACUUAAGGUUCUUCCAUCACAUCUCGAGUACGCAUUUCUAGGAGAGAAGCCGGAUAUGCCCGUCAUCAUAUCUUCGAAAUUGACAGAGGAGGAGAAAGGGAGGUUGAUUGAGGUGCUGAGAGAGCACAGUGAUGCGAUUGCCUGGAGGCUAUCUGAUAUCAAGGGCAUCAGCCCUACUUUUUGCACGCAUCGCAUUCUGAUGGAGGAUGUUUACAAGCCUGUAGUGUAG